UAUUGCAGCCAUGGCGAUUCAAGUGGCCUCAUCAUCAUCCCAUAGCUUCACCAGCGAAGCUAAGUAUCGAUAUGAUGUUUUUCUGAGUUUCAGAGGUGAAGAUACUCGCCACAUCUUCACUGCGCCUCUCUACGAUGCUUUGCACCGUAAGGGAAUCAACGCCUUCAUUGAUGACAAGAAGCUUGGGAAAGGGGAAGAGAUUUCACCUGCGCUUCUUAGAGCCAUUGAGAGAUCAAGAAUUUCCAUUAUUGUGUUCUCUAGAAACUAUGCUACCUCCACAUGGUGCCUAGAGGAACUCGCCCAUAUCAUUUGGUGUCAGAAGCAGAAGAACCAGCUGGUUAUGCCCGUCUUUUACAAGGUGGAUCCGAUGGAUGUUCAGUAUCAGAGAAACAGCUUUGAGGAAGCCAUGGCUGCUCUUGAAGAAAGGUUUAGAGAUGACUUGGAGAAAGUACAACGAUGGAGAUCUGCUUUGUUUGAAGCUGCUAGCUUAUCAUCGGCAUGGGUUUUCGUAGAUGGGGAGGAAAUGAUAUUGAAGGAAUAAUACUUGAUCCACCUAAACAAGAAGAAGUGAUGUGGAACGGCUUGGCUUUUGAGAAGAUGAAUAAUCUUCGAAUUCUGAUUGUUCGAAAUACCCAAUUCUUUACAAGUCCCAAGUAUCUUCCUAAUAGUUUGAGAUUGCUUGAUUGGGAGGGAUAUCCUUCUAUGACUUUACCACCAGAUUUUUCUCCUCCAAAACUAGUUUGCUUCAAGUUAUGUCGAAGUCUUUUCAAAUUUGAAGAGCCAUUCCAGAAGUUUGGAUAUGUGACACACAUGAAUUUCUCGCGGUGUGAAUUCAUAACAGAAGUACCUGAUAUGUCUCAUUUUCA